CAAUAUUAUCAACUUGGAUAUAUUUUAUGAAACGUUUGAAUGGAAUAGCAAAAGAAGCAAAAUUUGAAUUACCACGUGACCAUUCAUGGCGACGAAAUAGCACUAGUGAUACUACAAGUCAUUUAGAUAGUCAAUCUGAUGCUUUAUCUACUACUAAUACGGAUGAUUUUGAGGAUGAUAAAGAUAAUGAAGAUUUUUUUUGA